AGUUUCACGCAGUGACGGUGACCGUCUCUGUAGAUGACAGCACCGCGCGGCUCUGGCAGUGAACGCGCUCGUGCUCGGUUGGUGUCCUGAAGCGAACAGAAAGACCCUCGUGGAUUUUUGGCGGUGACCGGAAGUCUCCGCCGGUGGUUCGCUCGCGCUCUGCACGGCGGUGGUACCGGAGCGUCCGGCGGAAGGCCGCCCUCCGGUCAGAUGAUGUCCCCGGGCAGGACCGCGUCCUGUCGGCUGCUGAGGCCCGCCUCGUGGCUCUCUCUCCUGCAGGGCUCCCAGCGCUCGGCCGGCGGUGCCCCUCGGAGAGAGCUAAUCAAGAAACAUGACCUGGGGAAGAACGAGCUCCGCCCCCUCUACAUGGACUUCCAGGCCACCACCCCCAUGGAUCCCCGGGUUCUGGACGCCAUGUUACCAUAUCAGGUGAACUAUUAUGGGAACCCUCACUCAAGGACGCACGCCUACGGCUGGGAGAGUGAGACCGCCAUGGAGAACGCCAGACAGCAGGUCGCCGACCUGAUCGGAGCUGACCCCAGAGAAAUCGUCUUCACCAGCGGAGCCACCGAGUCCAACAACAUGGCCAUCAAGGGCGUGGCCAGGUUCUACCAAGCCAAGAAGCGCCAUGUCAUCACCACGCAGACAGAACACAAAUGUGUCCUGGACUCCUGUCGCGUUCUGGAGGCAGAGGGAUUCAACAUCACCUACCUGCCAGUUCAGAAGAACGGACUGCUGGACUUGGAGAUGCUGGAGGCCUGCAUCCGCCCCGACACCUGUCUGGUGUCCGUGAUGACCGUCAACAAUGAGAUCGGAGUCAAGCAGCCCAUCAAGGACAUCGGGCAGAUCUGCCGCUCCAAAGGCGUCUUCUUCCACACCGAUGCUGCCCAGGCGGUCGGGAAGAUUCCCGUCGAUGUCAACGACUGGAAGGUGGAUCUGAUGUCCAUCAGCGCUCACAAGAUCUACGGACCCAAAGGAGUGGGGGCCCUGUACGUGCGCCGGCGGCCUCGAGUGCGUUUGGAGCCGCUACAGAAUGGCGGUGGGCAGGAGAGGGGUCUGCGCUCCGGGACCGUCCCAACGCCACUGGCUGUGGGUCUGGGAGCCGCCUGCAGCAUCGCCAGAACCGAGAUGGAGUAUGAUCAUUACAGGGUCUCCAUGCUGGCGGAUCGUUUUAUCCAGAAGAUCCUGUCAGAGAUUCCGGAUGUCGUCAUGAAUGGAGAUCUGGAGCAGCGUUACCCCGGUUGCAUCAACCUGUCCUUUGCUUAUGUGGAGGGAGAGAGUCUGUUGAUGGCUCUGAAGGACGUUGCUCUGUCAUCUGGAAGCGCCUGCACCUCUGCGUCUCUGGAGCCGUCCUACGUUCUCAGGGCCAUCGGCACGGAUGAAGACCUGGCACACUCCUCCAUCAGGUUUGGAAUUGGACGAUUCACCACUGAGGAGGAGGUGGACUACACGGCAGAGAAAUGCAUCCAGCAGGUCCGCAGACUCCGAGAAAUGAGUCCUCUGUGGGAGAUGGUUCAAGAAGGCGUAGACCUCAAGAGCAUCAAGUGGACUCAGCACUAGCUCCUCCCACUUCCUGUCUUCAUCCCAACAGUGGAAAAGCUUCAGUUUCCUGCUGUAAACAAACACGCACAAACUUCCUGUCCCACUUGAGGGCUACUUGCUGUGCCCCCCCUCCCUGCAUUCAGAGUGAUAUGAGCAGCUGAAGGCUGUUUGGACCCCCACCACCACCCCCUUCUGGGCCAUUUUGGGGUUUUCACAGUCGAAGAAUCUCACUUUGUCAGACAGUUUGGACCAAGUUCUAUUUGCUGCAGCGCUGUGGGAACUGAAAACACUUCUCUUUAAUUUUUUUUGGGACGGGUCAGGGUCAGAAGAAUCUGCUGAAGUGAAAACAGAGUCUGUUUCUGGCUGAUGUGAUUCUGUCCUCCUCCCUUCAUUCAGUGUCUUACAGUCAGAGACCUGUCCGUCCGCCACUCCACAGCCCUUUCUCCUUGACUUGCUUUAUGACAUUCUCAGCUGUCAUCCAAACCAAUGAUUUUCACAUUUUUUCCAAACUCAGUCCUUUAGAAGUGGGGGGUGGGACACUUGCUAUGCAACAGUGGAGACCUGUUUAUUGCUUUUGUCAAUGCAGAUGUAGAUGAAUGUGUUACAGAUGGACUCUGAAUAGAGGUCAUGGGGUUUGUUGGGUUCAUUUAUGACUUUAAAUGUUUUUUUUCCAAAUGCAACAAACAAACCAAAUCUAGAAGUCUUCUUUUACACAACACAAGCUUAGAGUGGGUUCGUUCAAAGGAGUGGACAAGUGUCUGAUUUUUGGAAUAGUAGUGCAUCCCACAAGCCCAGAAAGAACCGGGAACAACAGAACCUGGAGAUCUGCUCCCUCUCUGCUCCCAUACAUCUCUGUUUGAGAAGCUGAAUGAUUUUUAGCCAGCACCACGUUCUGGUCCGUUUCAAUCCUUCUGACACUUGGAGACAGAACUUGGUUCUCCCCAAAGACAAAAUCCUGAGCUACCAGCAGUAAAGUGCUGUUUUCUAACCACUGCAGUGAGGGUGAAACCAGGCCACUGUCAACAUCAGGUGGAGAGGAUUCUGCAGAAACUCCACCUGAAGGAUUCAAACCCUUCAUUUAAGAACAGGAAAGUACAAGAGAGGAAGGACAGUUUGAGUGACGUGGAACAGAGUCCCUCCAAAGAAACAGAUGACCAUGCUGUACCACCUUCCAUCUGUCUGCAGCUGAAACCCAACAAGCUGGACCUUGGGUUGAUCUGCUCAUCUACAGACAGGGCUUAGAGAAAGUUGCUCUACUUCCAGAAUCGUCUCACAUAAUAAAGGUUUUCAAUAAAGGAU